GCACCGUGGUGUUUGCUCUCGUGUCAGCGAUUAUGAUCACAAUGUGCUCUUCCAUCCGCACCUUUUCCCGCCUCGGCUGGCUGACCUGGUUCGGCUUCUUCACCUUCUUCGCCGCAAUCUUCAUCUUUACCGUCGCUGUUGGGCGUCAAGACCGCCCCGCCGCGGCGCCACCGACUGGUGACUUCGAUCUCGGUUUCAAAGCCAUUUCCUCCCCUGGCUUUAUCGUCGGCAUGGUGUCAUCAGCAAAUCUGUUCAUUUCCACGAGCGGCUCCUCGAUGUUCCUGCCUGUCAUCUCGGAGAUGCGCAAGCCAAGACAGUACCGUAAAGCAGUCCUUUGGGCCGGAAUUCUUGUCGGCAUAAUGUAUGUCGUCUUCUCCAUGGUCAUAUACCGAUUCUGCGGGAUCUGGCUUUCGGUCCCCGUCCUCGACUCUGCUGGCACGCUCUUCAAAAAGAUAUCAUACGGAUUCCUGCUGCCUGGACUGAUCAUAGGAGUCGGUAUCUACCAGCACGUCGCGGCGAAAUACGUCUUUGUCCGGCUGCUCCGAGAUUCGAAGCACCUGCAGGCGAACACCAUUGUGCACUGGGCAACAUGGCUCGGCAUCAAUGUCGUCCUUGGCAUCCUCGGUUUCGUCAUCGCAGAGUCUGUCCCGAUUCUGAACUUUCUGCUCGGGCUGGCCGGAUCGCUAUGUUUCGCGCCGUUCAGCCUCGUAUAUCCGACUCUUCUGUGGAUGUAUGACUCCAGAGCUUACCGAUCUGGGUCGAUCGGACAGCGAAUGAAGUUUGGAUUCAACGCUCUCAUCUGUCUCAUUGGCUUGUACAUGGUCGUUGGAGGAACGUGAGUUGCAUUUACCUCCUUGCAGAAUUCCGCGCUGACAAACACCCAUUAGGUACGCUGUUGCUGUCUCGAUUCGGGACGCAUUUGC